GCAACAUUAAAUACCUCCACAUUCUCUCAGAGAGAUCACACUCAACACAGGGAGCUAAUUUUGGAGCCAAGCGGCAUUCAAACAACCACCUGCUCAUGUCUCUCACUGAGCUGCAGACUCUGGUGUCGGGGAUGGGACGGUGAACAGAGACAGCAGGAGCAGCCGCUCAGUGUCCAGGGAGAAUGUCAGGGAGCAACCAGCAACAGAACCUGGUGCUCAUAAAAGAACUGGAGCUCAUUCUGGAUUCCUGCACACUGGAGCUCACACCAGUGGAUGAAGUCUGGCCUAACCUGUACAUAGGAAAUGUGGCCGUGGCUCAGAACAGAAAGACGUUACAUAAGCUCGGCAUCACUCAUGUCCUGAAUGCAGCACACUCCAAGCAGGGCAGCAUCGGUGACCAGAGUUUUUACGGGAACACCUGCGUCUACUUUGGCAUCUCAGCCGAGGACUCGGAGCACUUUGACCUCAGUCAGUACUUCAAACCUGCUGCUGACUUCAUACAUCAAGCCCUGAAGAGCAAAGAUGGGAGAGUGCUGGUGCACUGCAUCAUGGGCGUGAGUCGAUCGGCCACUCUGGUCCUAGUGUACCUGAUGAUGCGGCAGCAUUUGUCUCUGAGAGAUGCUCUGAGGCAGGUCGUCCAAAAACGAGCCAUUUACCCAAACCGCAACUUUCUGUCCCACCUUCUCAAGCUGGACGAACAGCUGACACACAGAAGAAGGUGGUGUCCUCUUCUCUGACAUCCAACAUCUCACGAGUCACUUUGGGACCUCUCUCUUUUUCCAUGUGUUGCACUCUAGUAAAGUUAGUGUUGAUGUAGCUAAAGGUGAGUCUGAUAGAUCCUUUUUUUUUUCUUCUUGCACAAAAUCAAGUUCUGGCUUCAGCAGCAGUGGCCAUGUUGUUGUUGUUACAUGUUGUAAAUAUUGAAGUAGAGUGUCUAUUUAUUUUUCAUAUACUCAGUCAAAUCAAUAAACAAAUGUUACCUUGAAUAGUAUUGUCAGGCAUGUCCACAAGCUUUGUAAAUAAUAAAUGAUUGUUCAAUAGAUAUUUCUCUAUUGUGGGCUGGAUGGAGAUUUAUGACUGAUUAAUUAACAACUUUUUGAAAUAACUUGUCUGGCACCUUGACUUUGUCCUUGAGUUUUAUUUCACAAGUAUUCUUUGACAAGGUGAAUAAUCUGUAAUAGCAUACAUUUAAGGUAAUGUAUAAAUUUUUUUUUCCAUGUAAAGAAAUAAGUGAUAGACCCAAGUCUUCAUCGGGCCCUAAGCAGAAUUUGAUUUUGGGGCCCCCCUCCCACCACUUCAGAGUAGCCGGUGCUUCACUGUCAUAGAUACAAAUAUAACACAGUAAAAUCAUAUUUAAAGUGAAGCACUAAGUAAACAAGUAAACCAGAUAAUGGACUUUUGUUUAUAAAACGUAAAACAGAUGUGCAAAUGUGCACUAAUGUGCUCUUUUCCAUGAUAUAGUCCUAGCACAACUUGGUCAUUAGAAAGAUCAAUAACAUUUAAACCAAACAUUGUUGAAACAUAUAUUGAAUAAUAGCAACGUAAACAACAAGCUACAACCUUGUUUUCAUCAAAAAAGAAACGUCUUUUGAGCUGGAGAAUCUAUAUUGUUCUCUAGUGCAGUCAUCAGUGAGACCGGAGCACAGGGACCGUCUGCAAAGUGCGACAACCAAAAAAUUACUUCAAUGUAAUGUAAAAAACAUUUUUGCAAACGCUUGUUGUCUGUUUUAAUUUUUAAUUUGGGCGCUAUUUUUGAACAAAUGAUACACAGAUUCUCUGGCUAUGGAAAAUGCCUGAUACCAAACUGAGUAGAGUCAAACUGCAUAAUGGUAAGGUGUCAUUAGGUUGCUUAUUGCCUUGGGCCAGAGCUGAUACAGUACGACAUCAAAGUGUAUUACAUAACAUCAUGGAAAGUCAGCAACUGAGCUUGUGUUGUCUGAAUUGACAGGAUAAUGUCACAUCGCACUCAGAAUAAAGAGACACUGGGCAUGUUCGUCAUUGUGGACUGGACAUGUGAGAAAGUGCCUGAACAGAG